GGAGGCCUGCAGGGAAUAUAGCAAGGCAAACCUGUUUAUCUCGACAGGGAGGGCUCUUUUCCUGGGGUCUUAAUGCUUGAGACAUCAGGUAUACGACAUUUGAAGGAACUGGUUUAUCACCGCGGAAACCUCAGUUUCCCUGGGAGUCAGGGCUUAGUAAGCUGCGGCUGCUCUUUGGUAAUCCUCACCUCGCUGGAUUUUGUGAGAAUGAAAUGACAUUGGAAAACAGCAGUCGCACACUGGACCAGUGAAUGACCCUAGGCCUUCACGUGCAGCAGGGGCUCUCAGGAGGAAUGGCGGCCCAAGGCAGCCUGCUUCGCCUGCUCUGGCAUCAUGGGAUGACAAGGGCUGCCCCUGAGAGCUGCCGCCACCUGUAUAUGUCCUCUUGGCGGGCUGAUUGCAACAGAGCCUCGCUCACUCGAGUGCGCCGGCAGACCUACGCACGCCUCUACCCUGUUCUCCUGGUCAAGCAGGAUGGUUCCACCAUCCACAUCCGCUAUCCGGAACCUCGUCGGAUGCUCAGAAUGCCUGUGGACCUGGACUCCUUGUCCCCAGAGGAGAGGCGUGCACGAUUGCGAAAACGAGAGGGCCAGCUCAAAGAGAAGGAGGAGGAGCCAGAACUCGGUGACGACUUCGAUGUGGAGCGGUACAAGCAGUUCUGGACCAAAAAGUGAUGGUGCCUGGAAGCUGCUGUGUCCUAGGGAACGCUGUGAAGCAGGGAGGGGCACGUGUCUUUAAAUCAUGAGUUGAGGAUGCUGUCUCUUGUGAAAAGAUCAAUACAAAAAGGACAUUCAAAUAACA